GCUGUCAAUUUAUUACAACAACAAAUGUCAAAUAAACGAAAGCGGUGCAAGAGGAUUUUCACGGAAGUUGGAGAAAAAAAUCUAUUUUAUUGAAAAGGUUCAUAUUUAGAACAAAUAAUCAUGUUCAAAACUAGUUUUGAAAAAAAUCUGGAAAACGCAACCAGCCACCUGCGGCUGGAGCCCGAUUGGCCAUCAAUUCUAGUAAUUUGCGAUGAAAUCAACCAAAAAGACGUCACGGCCAAAAAUGCUUUUGCUGCAAUUAAGAAAAAAAUGAGUUCACCUAAUCCACAUUCGGCUUGUUAUGCGCUCUUGGUAUUAGAAAGUAUUGUGAAAAAUUGUGGUGCACCCGUACAUGAUGAGGUCUUCACGAAGGAGAAUUGCGAAAUGUUUAGUAAUUUCCUGGAGCAGACCCCGCAUGAGAAUGUACGUCAGAAAAUGUUGGAAUUAGUGCAGACCUGGGCGUACGCUUUUCGUUCGACCGACAAGUAUCAGGCAAUAAAGGAUACCAUGACUAUAUUGAAAGCCAAGGGACACACUUUCCCCGAGUUGAAGGAAGCUGACGCAAUGUUCACUGCCGAUACUGCACCUAUAUGGUCGGAUGGUAAAGUGUGCCAUCGUUGUCGUGUUGAAUUUACAUUCACCAAUCGGAAGCAUCACUGCCGCAACUGUGGACAAGUGUUUUGUGGGCAAUGCUCGGCUAAGCAAUGCCCACUGCCCAAAUUUGGUAUUGAAAAGGAUGUGCGCAUUUGCGAUGGCUGCUAUGCCAUGCUACAACGACCGAAUGCGAAACCAGCGCUGCGUGCUGCUGAAAGUGACUUGCCGGCCGAAUAUUUGAACAGCUCGCUUUCACAGCAAGUGCAGACGCCGCCGCGCAAAAGUGAGCAAGAACUAAAGGAAGAAGAAGAGCUGCAAUUGGCAUUAGCGCUGAGUCAGUCGGAAGCCGAAGAAAAAAAGAAGCAAAAGCAACAAACUUCAUUGGCUGCCUAUCGUUUGCAACAACGUUCGCCCAGUCCAGAGGCACCCCCAGCUCCGAAAGAAUAUCAGCAGGAAGAAACCAAUCCAGAUUUAGCUAAAUAUUUGAAUCGCUCUUACUGGGAGCAAAGAAAAGUAAACGAAUCUCCCUUAGCAAGUCCAUCAGCACCAAGUCCGAUGCCGACCCCACAACCGCAACAGGCACCAACUCAGCCGAAGCCUGCUGAUGAGGUACAAAUUGACGAAUUCGCUGCUAAUAUGCGUACACAGGUUGAAAUGUUUGUGAACCGAAUGAAAUCGAAUUCCAGUCGAGGUCGCAGCAUUGCAAAUGAUUCGUCGGUGCAAACACUUUUUAUGAAUUUAACAUCGUUGCAUUCACAGCAACUUUCCUACAUCAAAGAGAUGGAUGACAAGCGCAUGUGGUAUGAGCAGCUACAGGAUAAGCUGGCACAAAUCAAGGAUUCGCGUGCCGCUUUAGACGUGUUACGCCAAGAGCAUGUAGAGAAGCUGCGUCUCAUGGCCGAGGAGCAGGAACGUCAACGACAAAUCCAAAUGGCACAAAAAUUGGAGAUAAUGCGACAGAAGAAGCAGGAAUAUUUGCAGUAUCAACGUCAACUCGCAUUGCAACGCAUAAAUGAGCAAGAACGCGAGAUGCAGUUGCGCCAAGAGCAGCAGAAGGCACAAUAUCUCAUGGGUCAGACCGCUUUCCCCUUUAUGCCACCCGGUGCUGUUGCCGGCCCACAAGGCUCACCCUCGCAUCUAAUGAAUAAUGUUUACAAUCCAUACGCCUUUCAUCCAAAUUCUCCAGGGCCACUGAGUGCAGGCGGUGGUGCUCAAUAUAAUGUACAUGGCGGCAUGAUUAAUGCAAAUGGUGCACCUCCUAUGGGUGGACCCAAUGCCAUGCAGCCGGGCAUGUAUGCACCAGGCGGAGUAUUGCCAAAUCAACCGAAUCAACAACAUCCAGGCAUGAUGCUGCAGCAGGGCCCAGUGCCAACACAGGGUAUGCUGCCAGGUGCGCCACAAAUGGGUGAAGGCAUGCAAGUUCAACAACAACCACCAAACACGGGCUUGGGAUCAUUGACACUGCAACAACAGCAUUUGCCGGUUCAGCAACAACAACAGCAACAGCAGCACAUGCAGCAGCAGCAGCCACCGCCGCAACAACAGCAGCAGUUGGCUCAUGUAAUGUUACAACAACAAAAUGUCUUGCAAAAUCACCCACCCAUACCAACGAUGCCACAGCAACAGCAACAGCAGCAGGUUGCACAACAACAGCAGGUUACACAACAACAGCAAGUUACACAACAACAACCAUUACCACAACAACCAGCGCACCAACACCAGCAACCGCCUGAACAGCAGCAGCAACAACAAGCACAGAUACAAGCUGUUGCUGCUGCGCCCGCACCACCACAAACGGAACCAGAGCCGGCGGCACCUGAGGAACCCGCCACUGCGGAGUUAAUUAGCUUCGAUUAAUUGUCUUUUUUUUUAAUAUUUUAAAUGUUACUUGUUCUCAAAUCGCAUGCAAAAUGUAUCAUUCCUUGAGCAAAAAUGUAAUGAAAUAUGAAAUUUUGAUCACUUUUAAGUUAU